AUGCAUCCACAUGAAGACGAUCCUCCUCACGACGAGGACGAAGACAUGUUCUCCGUCCAUUCCGAAUACGAAACCCCAACACUCCAAACACCCAUGAAGUCUGUUGAAUCAGUGGACAAACUAGGGACCACAAGCAUCAAGGGAUCCGUCGUCUCAAAACUCAGCGGACUCCCGGGACGCAAGGACACAAUGGACCUCUUGGACCGCAUCGAUGGCAUGUAUCGUCUCCUCGAUCUGGUGAAAGAUUGGAGUGUUGGUGGUGCCGUGGACAAGGUUAUCAUUGCACAAGACUCUCUGUCCCAGUUUGCCAAUCGCGUCCAUCCCGCUUCGUAUGUUUCGUUGACAAAGGUCAACUUUCAUGCGCUUGAUAAACAUCGGAUUCGCCCACGAGGUGUAUAUGGAUCCAUCCCCGCUAUUGCAGAUUUCUUGCUCAAAUUAGACUGUAUUGACGAAGAAACACGCGAUCUGUUGGUUGCUCCUAGAGACGAAAGCUCUGGAGUCACCAGACCCACCUUGCGUCCUGGGAUCUACAUCAUCGACGUCACGACUACAAUCGAGCCUGACCUCUACUAUCUUGUAUUCUGGCCAGACGAUACGACUUGGGAUGACGAUGCAACAGGCUCUCGUAACCGAGUCACUUUCAUGAGAUAUCUGACCAAACUGUGUGAUCAGCUCGUCUGUCUCAUCUCAGACGAGCAUUCAAAGAAGUUGGUCUGGCAAGACGACGACGCUUAUGGUCUCGAGGAAGACAAUCUAGAUGUAGCCGACAAAGAUCUUCUCGAUCGUCUCUUUACUUUCUCUGUCAAGCAGAUGAACGACGAGGAGGAGAAUGCCAUUCCAAAGGAAGGUUUUACACUUCAGGAUCGCAUCAUCUCCGUGCCAUCUAAGCCACCGAGAGGAUAUCCUCCCGCUUAUGAUCUCGACGCCUUGCAGCCACAGCUGGUGGUUGGAGAUCUUACUCAGGCAAUUAUGAGCGUGGAAUACAUACCCGAGGAGCUUCAGGAAGAGACUAUCGAUUGGUCUUUCAAGCGCUCCGUCAUGGAAGAAAAGCUAAAGAAAAGGAACGCUCCGAGAAUCGAGUUGGAUGGCCGGAUUGACAAGGAAAGCUUACAGUUUCUCCUAGAACUCAAUCUGGGCUCCCGCUGUGGUGAUCUCGAGACGCGCUUUCGCGACAUGCGACAACGAACAGAGGUUGCUCGUGAGCGCGACUAUAGGCAGAAACUCGAGAGCGAUAGAAUGCGGAUGCAAAAUACGCUUCAGAGACUCGAAGAAGCAUUCCCCUUUUGGCUCAUCAAACGAGCUGUUGAAUACUAUGAUUCGGUCUCUGAAGAGGCGUUGAUCAUAUUACUCUUUGGAAACCAGGACAAAAUCAUCCUCGCAGAAGAGGUAUUCCGUUCUGUUCAAUAUGUCGACAGCUUUUUCGAGAAGAAUCCAACUACGCAAAAGAAGAUUGUGACACCUCUGAGGAUGAGUUUGGAUUCUCUAGAGACGGGGUACUUUGGCCGUUAUAAUACGCUCAAACAUCAAUUCCGCCGUGUCUACCAAGCAAUCGAACUCACACCCGUGCUCAAGGAUACUCAGAUCCAGUCUCUAGUCGACAUCAUUACAUACAAGCAUGGUUUCGACGGGGAAUUCGCUAGGAGAUAUCCGUCCAUUCCUGGCGAAACUAUCGCCGCUCGUCUUAAGCGGUUGGCGGGAUACGGCGACGCUGGACGACCCGCGCUGACAGCGCCGUUGAAACCGAUGAGCGACAUUCAAUUCGUAAAAGAGAUUAAUCUAGUUGCAUCCCAGCAUCCCGUAUAUCGCGAUGCAUGCAACGAGAUUAUGAAGGAAGUCGUAACAGCGCUCGCAAAGAAAAUCAAUGACCUCCGGGAUACUUCCAUGAAGAGUGUUCGCGAUCAAAUGAACCAAUAUAUCAUCAACUCCACAAACAAGAUAUUCAAUGAACGGAAGAAAAUCGAGGAAGAAAGCGCAUGGAUUAUUCUCCGCAAAGAGCUUCAGUCGGCACUCGACCUAGAGUCAGAUACCUCCAAGGUGUACCUCAUGAUUCGGAGUGUAAAAAGGGAAACUCCGAGCGCUUGGGAGAUCCGCACAUCGGGUGAGCGUGUUCCUCAUCCGCCAAAACUCUGUGAUGACCUCUAUCCAGACAAAUUCAACUUGAAGGGGACCUUGACGCAGCCAAAUAACUGGGGAUUCCGUUACUCUCUACAUCAGCUACAGAUCAAGGCAGAAGAUAUUCAAAGCGUAACGACAGAUGCAACUCAUGUGUGUCAACCGUCUCUUCAGCGUGCCCCGUCGACAAGCUUUAUCCUUCAGGAUCCAAGAUCGUUGCGCUUUGCUCGUCUCGUAGGACAAGAAGGUUGUCUUAUUGUCAUUGAGGACGAUGUCUCGCUCAAAAUUUUCUUCGAUACCUUGAGUGUAAUUGGCGCAAGUAUCUCGAAUGAUAAGCACAAGAAGCGAUUCUUGUUUGAGAGGGUUGGGAAGAAUCAUACGUUUGCUGUAGACGAAACCAAGAGGCUUUUCGCGAUGGUGGCCGUUCACCCGGAUGCGGUCAAGGUGCAUGUCUAUAGCUACGACCAGGAUCACCGAACUCUCAAUGCGAAAGGAACCGCCAUCGACAUUGUCAAGUGGUAUCCUCGAGGGCCUCCAGAUCUCCAUGGGCUCGUGUUUGUCCCUGGAACAGAAGAACUGCUCCUUAUCGAGCAGUCUGGACAGUGUCGCCUUUUCUAUCUCCCCACAGAAACUUUUCGACCUGCGUCAUUGACUCUCAUGUCUCCCCCUCUAUUCGCGUCAAUGUCAUCCGACGGCUCUGGUUUCUUCGUCCUAGAUACUAGCGAGGGCCGGUCACCGCGACUGCGCUUCUUCCAUUGGGCGUCGUUUGGGACGACCAACGGGAUCGAUAUUCCUUUGCCACAGGAGGUCACAACUCAAGCAUGUAUGGCCGUCUCUUCCCUUGGGCACAAGAACUCCAACCAUGUCCUCUUCCUCCGGCCAGAGCGAAAUACCUGCUUCUCGGUCGCUGUCAAGAUCACCCGACUUUCGACAGAGUUCGAGUUUACUGCAAACGAUACACGAAGUGGACAGGCCACAAUGGCUGGGAAAACAGUCAACAAUUCGCUGAUCGACUGCCAUGCAGAAGUGUGGACGCGCUUUCCCAUACACGCCUCGAUUCGUCGAGAAGCCAACUCAAAUGCGCAUUUCGCUCCGCAUUCGAUUCUCUUCGUGUCAUCAGUAGCCUCUUCGCAGCAUUUUGACGACUACUUCGCGACAAAGGUGGCUGAAUUCGAACAUAAAACGCGGAAGCCCACACGACGCACCCUGAGCCAAAUUCAAGUCUCAGCCACCACACAAUGGGACCCAAAGUCCGAUAAAGGAGAGAGUUUCUCAGUGUUUGAUGUCGGAGAUUGGUUGGUUGGACUACUUUGUCUGAUCCCCAUUCACCUUGCAAUCACUCGGUCGAAUCGGUUCGUGCCGCUCAAGGAUGGUGUGACCUCGCCCGCAUACGAACAGUCUCUGCUUGGUGCCAACGUCAGCGAGAUUGCGGAGUCGAUCACAUUCGGAUGGUACGAAUCCAUCUUCAACUCUUACCUCGCAGCCAGGCCGGUGAAGGUUGUCACUUCUAUGGGUGAGCAAUCAGUCGGCAAAAGCUAUGCACUCAAUCACUUCGUCGACACUUCCUUCGCAGGCUCUGCUAUGCGAUGUACCGAGGGUGUUUGGCUUUCAGCUACCGUGACUCGUGACACGAUCUAUGUUGCUCUAGACUUUGAAGGCGUACACUCAAUCGAACGGAGUGCCCAAGAAGACACUUUGCUCGUACUUCUAAACACCGCAAUCUCCAACUUUGUACUCUUCAGGAACAAUUUUGCGCUUUCGCGCGACAUUACAGAGCUCUUCACGAGUUUCCAGUCCUGCACAACCAUUCUAGACCCGUCUUCAAACCCUGGGCUUUUCCAAUCCAGCCUAAUUAUCAUUGUCAAGGAUGUGAUCUCGUCUGAUGCCAAAGAGAUCAAAAAUGAGUUUACACAGAAGUUUGCACGGAUCGUUCAGCAAGAGCGCGGACAAAACUUCAUUACAAAGCUUCACAAGGGGCAGCUAGAUAUUAUACCGUGGCCCGUGAUUGAGUCGGCUCAGUUCUAUGGCCUCUUCGACGUGCUCAGAGACCGUCUCGUAAGGCGUCCUACCACUCACAAACACGCGGUUUUGUUUGUCGAUGUUCUCAAGACUCUGAUGGCGAAGUUGAAGGCAAAUGAUUGGGGUGCACUGGACCAAAACCUUAUCCUUCAACGCGUGGAAUACCUCUCCUCUAUGUUGGCCACAGCUCUCGCCUUUGGUACUUGUGAUCCAGGCAUUGGGGAGCCUCUGAAGAACUGUGACACGGACGAGAUAAUUGAUGACGCGCCCACUGAGGACAUUUUCUAUAUCCCCUCAGCUGUUCACCCCGACACAGGGGAACCUCUCAGCCCGACGCUGUGCCUGACAAACCUUCGCAGAGGCUGGGCAGAUCGGUUUAAUAGAUUCGACAUGGAAGAGGAUGACUUCCUGAGGGACUACAACAUACACUUGCAAUCCCGCGCCGACAUUCGCAUCGAAUCUGUCCGAAACUGGCUCCUUCAAAACGUCCGGCGCUUCGGCGAAAGAUCAGAGAUCACUUCUCUGCUCAGGAGAUUUGAAGGGAUGGCCAAAGAACUGAAGGCAGCCAUCGUUCUAUGCGAGAUCUCGUGUGCCGAGUGUCGUCUACUUUGUCUGGAGCCCAAGUACCAUACAGGUCGCCACGAUUGCAAGACCUCCCAUCGUUGCCAUCGAGUUUGCGCUUUUGCAGAGCAACAUGCGGAUGAAAUCCCGCAGUGUGAUAUGCCUGCAGGACACCCAGGAAAGCACUUGUGCACCUCGCUUCCUCACUUAUGUGGUGCGCCUUGCUACCUGAGUGAUCGGGACGGUUGUAUGAAAACCUGCGUCAAGCCUGGAGAUCACGAGGGCGACGAACAUCUCUGUCCAGCUCCUGUUCAUGCCUGUGGAGAACCUUGUGACCUCAUUCUCGAAGAUGGCACGCCACUCUGCGAUCGUAGUUGCGUGAUAGACUUCCGCCGUGAACAUGACCGACAUUGCUGCGAGCGAGUCUCAGACUGCCCUCAGAAAUGCCAAAUGAAGUGCGGUGUGCGGUGUGCGGCAGGUGAUCACUUCCAUUCUCUGGAAAAGGAUGCCGUCCACUUGUGCGGCCAGGAGCAUGUUUGCCCUCAUGACUGCGAAGACGAUGGAAUAUGCGAGAUUGCCACCAAACCUCAGAAAGUCGAGUCGGUCUUUGUUGGUAAAAAGGACACCUUCAAUACACCAAGUAUACCCAAGAAGCAAGAAAGCAAAAGUGCUGUAUACUCAUCGAGCCGGACAAGCUCAGCCAUCCCGGUCGACAUGUCCAUUCUACAGAUCCCAAAUCGUUUCAUUACUGCGAAAAACAAUGCGAUGGGUGUGGAUAUUACUAAGGAUCACGAGACUGCCCACGGCUCGAUGGAGCAAACGGAAUGGCUCGUUGAUGGAGACGAUACUGCUGCAAUCACGCUCGAUGGUCGCCGGUUCGCCAGUGGAGACAGCGGAGCACCGAUGCUCUGCUCACUUUUCUGCAAAUCCAUGGGUCGCCAUGUCCAUAUCUCACCAUGUCGUGCGGAUAUCGAAGAUGACGGGUGCCGAGAGGAAGGUGUGGAGCACAUCCCAAGCGCUCCAGGGACGAAGCAAUACGACUGGAUCACACACCGUCUGUUUUGGCAACGAAGAUUCAAGGAUCCAUACACAAAUACGGAACAGGCAGAGUUUGAUCUAUGUGACCGUAGAUGCCCUGGCGAGGAGCACGAUCCUACAAUCAACCCAGGAGCUGGACCAUCCAUGUGUAUGCUCCCUCUCUUCCAUCCACCGGCGUCUGAGGAAAGAGCACCCGUGCAUGGACAUGUCUCUCCCGACGGACAUGUCUACGAAUGCAAGAAUCCAGCAGCGCUCCGACGCAGCUUCCACAUCUACUUUGCGAUUGACCGCUCCGGCUCGAUGCGUCUGACAGAUUGUCGGCCAUUGCCCAACACCCCUGCGUCUCGACGCAUUGUUCAAAAUGCGGAUAAUCGAUUUGGUGCCGCGCUUUCGUCGAUCUAUGGAUUUUGGUUGGCACGUGAAGGUGCGCAACGUGGGUCAGGAACUGCUGGCGUUCACAAGGAUGCCUACACGGUGAUCGCAUUUGACCAUGAGACGGAGGUGGUCUACUCGAAUGACGUUGGGAGCACUGCAGAUCAAUUACUUGAUCGUCUGCCCAGAGAUGCUACGGAGGAUGGUGGUACAAACUUUACCGACACCUUGCGAUUGCUCCAGCGAGAGUUGGAGAAUACUGGAGCAUCAGAGCGUGAUGGAGAAUGCAGGUUUGAGGAGGAGGCAGCCUACGAUUUGUUCAGAGCAGCCGUCCGACUUGGGAAGCCUCUAGCUUUCCAUGCAGUCGGGUUUUCGGAGGAGAGCGUGGGAUCUGUUCACCUGGAGCGAAUGACGCAGAUUGCAACAGAGAUCUACGAUUCGGCUCCACCUGACCCACUUUUGCCGGCCGGUGUGAACCCUUGUUCAUUCCAUAGUGCCUUGGACACAGUUCAACUCGCGAAUACUUACUUGUCCAUUGCAGAAUCGCUUGGGAACCCACGGGCCGCGCUUCGACGGAUCUAA